AUGCGAAAUUAUAUCGAACACAUGGCCCUAUGGGCGGACAUCACUGAUCCGCAACGACAUUUUGAGGUCGACGUACCUGUAAGAGCUGUGGAGGAGCCAGUCUUACGAUCUGCCAUUUUUGCAUUCUCAUCGCGACAUAUCGACAGACAAAGAGCGGGGGACACGGCAGAAGCAUUACAAUACCACAACCAUUGUCUUCAAAUGUUGAUUCCGGCUCUAUCUGGCGCUCAGGAGAACAUCACGGACGUGAUUCUGGCUGCGGUAGCAAUUCUCCGCGAACAUGAAGAAAUGGACUGGGAAGACAACCAGUUCCACCUCACCGGAACAACGCACAUCCUCAAUUCCGUCUCAUCGUUUGGUUCGUCCGGCGGCUUAGGAGAGGCCGCUGCAUGGCUUUGUCUCCGCGAAGACAUUUACGUCUCGCUAACCACGCAAAAGCCGCUUCGAACAAACUUGCAAAAUUUCAUUCAUUCAAAUAUAUUCCAGAGAGAUGACGAUUUCGCCUGGAGCAGUCGCAUGGUCUUCCUCUUGUGUAAGGUCCUCAAAUGCGCGUUUACAUACGAAGCUUCCACGGCAUAUCUGGCGCUCCUGCAUGACGUCGAGCAGGAAGUGGAGGGUUGGUUUAAUAAUAAACCUCAUACGUUUGAUCCAAUCCGGUUUAUUCCGCGUACACAGCAGUGGAACCAGCGGUUCCCAGAUAUUUGGAUGAUGUUGCCAGUUCACGUGAUUGGUCUGCAGUACUAUCACGUUGCCAAGAUUGUACUUGCUGUUUCGAGUAGCCCGAGCCCGGCUGUGGGAUAUGAAAAUUUGAAGCACUUGCGGAAUAUUGAGAGAACGAUUCGGAAUCACCUUCUCGUUGUCCUUGGCCUAGCAAGAUCAAACACCAAAGCGGAAAAUGCCCUCUUUACUGCUCGGCAUAGCUUAGUGGCCUGGGGCUGGGUCCUACGCAACAAACUCGAUCAAGAAGCCGCAGAAACUCUUCUGCGGGACAUGGAACUGACUACCGGUUGGAACAUGACUGGGUUAAUUCAGACCUUGAGAGAACAAUGGAAUGACGAGGAUUCUGAUCAUUGA